UCUGUUUAAUCCUCUUUUUGUUGUGUUGUGCGGAUGUACAGAUACACAGACACACACACACAGCACAGAUAAAGCAGCAGCGCACCGAUAGCUCCAGUCGCAUGGGAAACAAACAAUUGGUGGUGAAGCAUUGAAGCCAGCUUGAGAUGUGAUCCCUCCAUCAUGACACAGCUCUUAAAAAGGGACAGUACAGCACCAAGUAAAGAAGACGAGCUUCUUGUGUUCCUGAACCAGUCAACAGAAUUCUGCAACCAUUUUGAGGACAGCUAUUGGUAUUGCUACAUCGUGCUGGUGCUCUUUGCUUUCACUGUUCCGGUGGGACUGCUGGGAAACCUAGUAGUGCUCAUCAACCACACCUGCUUUAGGAAAACCUCAAGCUCCAGCAACAUUUUCCUGCUUAACCUGACUCUGUGUGACUCGGGGUGGAUCCUCACACUGCCCUUCUCCCUCUACAUUACCUUGAGGAGGCCCCACAUCACAAACAUACAGAUCUUCUGUCAGUUCAAGAAGUCCUUCUUCAACAUCAACAUAUAUGGAAGCAUCCUCUUCCUGACUCUAAUCAGUUUCGACCGCUUCGUUGGCACAGUGCACCCGAUCAGUUCUCUUCGUUGGUGGAAUGCGGGUAAAGCCAAACUGUGCUCCUUCUGCGUGUGGGUGCUGGUCGUCCUUAGCUCCAUUCCUGACUUAUUUCUAACUUUUUCUAUUCAGCCCACAGAAAAUGUCACUGUGUGUGUGGACCAGAUCCAGGAUCCUUUUUACUAUGUCAGAACAGCCAUCAUUAUCAGAACAACAAUAGGCUUCUUGCUGCCGUUCACUGUCAUGCUUGCUUUUUACACCAUGACGGUUCGAGUUUUGAGGCGUCUCCCAAGAGGUCAAAGCAACCGAGCGAGAGGAAAGCCCCUACAUCUCCUUACUGCCGCCAUACUCGUCUUUGUGGUCUCCUUUCUGCCCUACCACACUAUGGCCACCACCAUGGUAUUCAUGAGGAUUUCUAACCUGGUGACCCCCUCCAACACCAAUGUACUCUAUGCUUGCUAUGAGUUUUCUGAAGCCAUGUGCAGUGUAAGCAGCUGCCUGGACCCAGUGCUGUAUAUUCUGGCAGGUGAACAAUUCCAGAGGAAGUUCCUGGCAUGGAAAAGAGGCCAAUACAGGAGGUUCUGCUGCAGAGCCAGCAGGAGGAUUGGGGUAAUUGAGUGAUUUGCUGGAGACAGUUUAUGGCUAGUUACCUUAACUUGCCUUGGUUCAAAUAAGGUCCUGGCAUGGCACUAGGAUAAUGUUGGCGCUAUGCAUUCCUUUGCAGACCCAGUCAUUUAGAGCCAGUGGCAAAAAUAUAUAGAACAACCUUAGUGGCAAUUAUGGCCUAAUGGCCUCCAGAGGAUACAAAGCAUAACAACCAGGUCUGUAGUAUAGUAGCACUAAGUGUUAAAAACAAUGUAUAGUCAACACACUAUCUCCAGUUCAAACAAUCCGCAUUUUACAUCGCACCAUAAGCUCCUCCACAAAUGGACAAAAGUGCUAGAGCAAGAAUCCAGCUUCCCUGUUGCUACAGUGCCAGUGGCAGAUAUGAUAUAAUAGUAUAAUUAUCCUGGCCUGUCUGCUACUGAAUCUACUGUGUAAGAGGAAUGAAAAAGUAUAGUGCUGUGACUGACCAUCUGGGAUCAAUGCAACAACACAGCAAGAUUGCAUUAUUGUCUAUUCUAUAUUACAUAAACAUUUGGUUAAGAUGAAAAUAAAUCCGAUUAAUCAAUAAAUCUUCUGUGGUCUUAUCCUUGUUUGUGCAUUGAAGCUGUGCCUAUUAAAAUCUGUGCACAGCUAACGUCACACUCACUGAUAACACAAGCUCGAGUUUUGCUUAUAUAAUGUAUGAGAGUCAUACAGGUGACAAAUUAUUUUCCAAAGACCUGAAUAAAAGGUUCUUUAAGUACCUCAUCCUCCAAGACCGUUGGCAAUUAAUAGCACAAUCUAUUUUGUGUCCACAGAAUUUCUUAAUAUUACUAGUGUGCCAAGUCUAAAUCACUGGCUUAAGGAUAUUAUACCACGACCAAGUCUUUCAAUUUUCCUUUACUUUAAGCAGAUUUUAUUUGUUGCUUUACAUUAAAGUAUUUCAGUUUCCUUGUUUUGGUGGCAGUGAGUCUUUUACUCAUAUAACAAAUUCACCAAUGUGGAAGUUUUCCACAUUGGUGAAUUUGGCCACAACUUCCCUGUUGGCAACACGGAAUGCCACAAACACAACAACCAGCUGAUCCGAGCAGAGGUGGGCAGAGUGUAAACAGGUAAUCCACGACUUGCUGUGACAAUAAAACAAGAUUAUUUUUAAACUGCAUUGUCAUAUUACAUUAUGAUAGUAAGAACUCUGUAACUGCGCAUAACAAAAAAAUACCGAAAUCUGUUUAUGUUUCGUGAAAAGAAAAAUUAUAUACACAUCGGCCAAAUAUUGGUAUCAAUCUUAAAAAUCCAGUCUCCGUCAAUCUUUUUUCUGUACGUUCACACCUCAAAGCACAAAUUAGUGUCUGUGAGUCCACACUGCAUAAUACACUACUAAUUUAAAACAUCAGACCAGUCAAGUUCGAAGACCUUAAAUGUCUGCUUAUCGGAACUUUACUCAUUUUUGAAUGGAUGUUUAGCCUGCUAUGCUUUUCAUAGCAUGACAAUCAUGUGAAUUGUGUUCUUUAUCAAAUGUUCACCCCACACUGACUAUCAGAGUCUAUUAAAGAGGAGCAUCAAAGCUGAUCUGACAGCUUGUGGUUGCCAAACAGUUUCCGAACACACUCUAUGUCACCCGACCCUUAAG